AUGUCCACCGCCAUCGCCCUGACCGACAUGCACGCAUCCACCCCAACCCUCCACCACCGCAACUCUUCCAAACCCUCUACCACGCCGAACUCCGAAACUGAACAUCAUGACCCAUGGCUCGACACCCUCCAGGCCACCUCGCCCCUCCCAUCCCACCCUUUCAGCCCAACCCACACCUACUGGAUAACCCCCCACGGCCUCCUCACAAAAAACAUCACCAUCCUCGACCUCACCCACGACAUCUCCACGCCCUACACCGGCCUGACACCCGAAUACAAGACCGCCGUGCAAGCCGCGCUCAAAGACCACUCCUUCACGCCCACCUGGACAUGCCAGCGCAUCAACUGGCUGGGUCUGCGGCACAAAAUCAUCGACACACAGGGACGACUGGUGGCCGAGUGGACGCACCCCUGGACUUCCGUUGGCGCCGCAACGCUGGCCUUCACGUCACAAGCUGCGCCGGAGGGCAUGCACGCGCUCACGCUCAAGCCGCGGAGGUGGGGUUUGCGCACCGAGGCCUUUGUACUCAACUCGGUCCAGUAUAUCUGGGAGAUGGACUCGACGUGGCACAGCACGCACAUGACGCUGUACAGGGUGUUUGGGGAGGGGGAGACGGCAAGGAGGGAGACUGUGGCGAAAUACGCUGAGAAGUGGUGGGGUGGGAUCGUUACCGGGGGGGCGCUGGUCGUCGAUGGGCGGGACGACGGGAUGGCUAUGGUGGCGUGUUUGAGUGCGGUCGUGGUGUUGAAGAAGAAGAGGCAGAGAGCUGCUGAGAGGAGGAGCGGCGGCGAGUAG